AUGGCGGCUCCAUUUCUACCCACAGAAAUGCUUUUCCGUAUCUUUUCUCUCUUAGACCGAGCUUCGAAUGCUCGGAAUGCCCGCGUCUGCAAGUCAUGGACAGAGGCAGCUCUCGACCGAGUGUGGAAAGAGCUGGAUGACUGGACAGUCCCUUUGACUCAUAGCAUCCCCACAGCUAAGCUUAGUCCCCCAUGGAACGAGGUCCUAUUUGAACGACCGUUCGUGGCCACGGACUGGAAUGUCCUACUCGCCAACGCACAUCGCGUCCGCACUAUCGGUAAUACCCACAAUAUAUGCAUCGACUGGUCAGAAAAUGCAUGGCAACAAAUCCAGAGAACUUGCCCGACAGGGCAAGUAUUUCCCAAUCUGAAAUGUCUUCGUGGGGAUUUCCGCGUACGGUCAUUCCCUGAUUUUCUGAUGCAUGGAUCCGUUUUCGAGCUUCAUCUCUUUUGCUACCUGGAGAGUUUUCUGUACGAAAACUCAGAAGUCCGGCAUAUAGCCAAACGACUAGCCAACCUUACCUCUCUCACACUCGAAGCCGAGCUCGAAACGGAAGGAGACUCGAUGGAUAUGGAAGAAGCCUGCGGAUUUGUCGCCAGUUUUACAAAACUCGAGACACUUGUUAUUCCCCUUUACUCAUUCUAUGGAAACGCUGUGAAGUGUCUGUCAACUAUGGGAUCGCUGCGGACAAUUACUGUUGAUCCCACGAAGAUUCUGGCCUCCCGCGGUGCGCACUGGCCGUUCGAGAACAUGAAAGCCAUGCCUGUCCUGUUUCACGGUGCCUUCCCCUCUUUACAGGAGUUGUCUUUCGGGUCCUCGCUUGCGUGCGCACAGACCUUCUUGGCGGAUGCACACUUCCCAGCGCCCUCGCUCCGAUCGUUGUGGCUCCGUGCUACUGAUCUCGACUCCACCAUCAUUAACGAUACUACCCCCCGUGCGCUCCGUGACCUUCUACGUCUCCUCGCGGAUAAAUUUUCUUCCCUCGAGCAGCUAGAAAUCAUCAUGAACCCAGUGGGCAGCUACACAGGAGAGGAUUUCCAAAUGCUCCCAAUCGACUUCGCCGACAUCAGUUCCAUCACCCUCUUCAAGAGCCUCACAUCCUUUGUGCUCCGCCACGCUCACCCUAUCAAGGCCUCUGACGAGGACAUAGAGUCCCUUGCAUCGCAGUGGCCCACGUUGAAAAAACUCAUCCUCAACCCCUAUCCCUCAUUCCCCUCAGAACCGAUACUCAGCCGACGUGCCCUGAUAUCCUUCGCAGACCACUGCUUAAACCUCCGCGAAUUAGGUCUAUACAUUCAGACGGCAGCAACUCCUCUCCCCCUACGUUCGGCGUUUGAUUUUUCCGACAGACGCUUUGCACGUCUUUCCGUUCUUAACCUCGGGUACUCGAAGUACGAUCCAAAAGAGCGUCCUGCACUUUGUCGGUUCUUGUUCCGCCUGCUUCCAGAUGGGUGGUGCAACCUCAGGACAAAUAUGAUGGAUGGGAAAGGCGCUUCAGAGGAUUUGGAUGAGCCGGACGGGUUCGGGACUCGCUCUGCCGAGAAGCUAUCCGCUCUGGAGUUUUGGCCUACUAUCGAAGAGAUGUUGAAGUUGAUGGCAGAAGUGAAGGAAGAGGGCGAGAGGGUGCAGCGCUCCGAGUUGAGGGCUGCGAACAGGAGAUAG